CCUGGCGCUGUUUGUGUGCGGUGAGGACGGAGAACCGGUUUUGUUUGUGUUGUGGGCAGAAGCAGCCGUCACCGGCAGAGGAUUAUCGAAUUUAACGGUCCCGAGUCACCAUAGAGGCCGAAACGAAGCUCAGGAUCCUCUGCAGCCGGACGGAAAAUGGAUAAUAGUAAACGGACGGUGGUUGUUACAGGUUUUGGGCCAUUCGGAGAGCACACAGUCAACGCCAGUUGGGUAGCAGUACAGGAAUUGAAUAAGCUGGGCCUGGGCAGUGAAGUGGAAUUACAUGUUUACGAAGUUCCUGUAGAAUAUCAGAAGGUCCAAAGUUUGGUUCCUUCAUUAUGGAAACAGUAUCAUCCAAUGUUGGUUGUUCAUGUUGGCGUCUCAGGUAUGGCCACUACGGUCACACUGGAGAAGUGUGGCAGAAAUCAUGGAUACAAAGGCCUCGACAACUGCAGCUUCUGUCCUGACUCACAGUGUUGCAUCGUGGGAGGCCCGGACUGCAUCGACUCUGUUAUUGACAUGGAAUCAGUCUGCAAGAGAGUGACUGCCUCCGUAGGUGUGGCGGUGUCUGUGUCCAAGGACGCUGGAAGGUAUCUGUGUGACUUCACCUACUACACAUCUCUGUAUUUGAGCCACGGUCCGCUCUGGGCCUUCAUCCAUGUGCCUCCUCUCGGAAAGCCCUACAGCGGGGAAGACCUGGGCCGUGCACUGCAGGCCAUUGUCCAAGAGAUGUUGGAGCUGCUGAACCAGGCUGAUGAGAAGAUCCACUGCCAGCAGCAUUUCCACUAGUGACCUCUAGAUGCCAACCAGCCUCUCCAGCCCUCACUACGCAAGACAAAUUGCACUUCACCACAAGUAGCCAAACUUCUUUUGUUUUUUUUCUUUAAAAAAUAUGUUUAGUUGGGUUUAAUGAAAAGUUCUUGUUGUACUGCAGGACAUUUUCAGACUUUUUUCCAGCUAAACCCAAUUAAUUUGUGUUUUUCAAGUCUCCCAGUGGUGAGAAGAUCAAAUGGGAGUCUCAUGGCAGUCCUUGGUCACGUUGUUAUGUAAACUUUUGUUCCUUUUGCAAUGAACAUGGAGCUGACAUACAUUCACUAAGAACAUGCGA